AUGUCGUUGCAUGUUGGCCUGUCAUGUCAGAAACAGACUAUUUUUAAGAAGUCAUGUAUUUACAAUAAAUUGGUCAGUGGUUAUUGGAAAAAUAGUUUAAUUGUAGCUGAUAAUGAAGACAAAAACGUUUAUUUGUUAAUCUACGCUAAUUCAGAAUAUGUUGUCACUCCAUACUUAAAUCCCUAAAAUGGCCCUGAAGUGUUAUUUAACGAAUCUUUAACCAAAAUUAGGAAUCUAGUUGAGAGAUCAUACGGGGUUCUAAAACGAAGAUUUCCCGUCCUAUCUUCUGGAUCACGUUUAAAAAUUGAUAUCACUCAAGCUAUGAUCGUUGCUUGUUGUGUUUUACAUAAUGUAGCAUGCAAUCAUAAUGAUUUAGAACCACCUAAAUUAUUAGGUAUACGUAUGCCAGGUAAUGAUGACUUAAAUUUAAGAAAAAAACAUGAACCAGAAGAGGGAAAUGCAAGACUACAAUUAACUGAAGAAUAUUUUUCACUUUACUUUAACCACAUUGUUUCAGCUAACAAUAAUGAUUUUGAUCAAUACUCAUAG